GCACUUGUGAGCGGCAGAUUACCUACAAAUAAAGUUUUACAUACAAAAAAAAGAUGGCCGCCUUGACAACGGAAGCGUCUGGUGAAACUAGUUGGCAGGAUGAAACUAAUUUCCAGAGUGUUUCCUGCCAAGAGAAAGAAUUUCACAUACAGAAAUGGAAAGAACGGAAUGCUCAAGCUCAGAAGGCUGACUUUCUUAAGGAGGCAGAUAAGCUAAAUAAACAGGUUACAAAACUUGAAAAAGAAAAAAAUGCACAGCUUUUCCAUAAAAAGAAUGACUUCAGAAAUGAAUUUGGUGAAUUAGAAGAGCUUGAAUUAAAGCUGACAAGUUCCAGAAACACAGAAAAGAUUAAGUUUCAGCAACAUCUUGCAAAAAUCCACAACAUUGUUAAAAGAUUCCAGAGCCAGCUAAAGGACGUAAAACCCACACCAGAAUUUUUAGAAAAACUCAAAGAAGUAAUGGAAGAAGCUGAAAACUCUAUUAAUGCUUUGAAAGAAGAGCAAAGAAAAAUUUAUGAGGAACUUAUGAAACAAGAAAAAUAUUCUUCUCAAGAAGUAAUUGCUUUGGAAAAAAGAAUUGAGACGUGGACAGUUUCAACAGGACCAAUUUCAAAGAAACCUCCUUCUCCAGCACUGCCAAAACUUUCUGCAGUAAGCACUAAUGAGGAUUUGCCUUCAGAAGUAACAGACUUUGAAAAGUUUCUACACAAAACAGGAGGAAGACAAGGUGGCUGGGAUAAUUAUGACCAUCAGAAUUUCAUGAAAAUCUGGACUAAGCACAAUGGAAAGAAGUCAUAUAUGGAAGAAGCUUUGUUGUACCUCCCUGGAAGGACCCAGGAAGAAAUUAAACAACAUGAAGACUGGUAUCAAGAGUUUUUGUUUCUUGAAGAACGGAAAAAGGAGGCUAUUCAAUUGUGGAAAUCUAAGAAAAACCAGGAAAAAGAAAAAUUCUUAAAGCAACAAGAAAAACUUGAAGAAGUGAAAACACAAAAAGAGCUGGUUCGUGUUGACAUUUAUAGAAAGAAAUUGGAGCAAGAAAAGGAAGAUAAACAAGCUAAGCUUCAGGAAUGGAAGAAGAAGAAAGAGCUAGAGCUUGCUGCAGAAGAGGAGAAACAAUUUCAGGCUGAAGUCGAGAAAAGAAGGAAAAUAAAAGAGGAGCAGCAGCGACAACUGGAAGUUAAGGCGAUAGUGGAAACAUAUGCCCGUCAGAAGAAAGAAGAGGAAAUGCAUGAGCGUCUUAAGCAGGAGAUACAGGAACAAUCAGAGCGUGAGGAGAAGCAGCGACUAUCUGCUAGAGCAAUUGUCAAGUUCCGGGAAAGAGAUAUGCAAAAAGUAUAUGAGAAAGUGUUAGAAAAACAAUCUAAAGAAGAGGAAGAACAUGAAAGAGAAAAACAAAUUGCCAAAGUGAAGCAGAAGGUUGAAGCUCAUGUAACCAAAGACCCAGAUAGACUCCUCAAGCCCACAAAAGGAUGGAAAGAGCACGUCAGAGUGAUUGGGCCAACUGGAGGAGGGCCUGCCUUAUAUAUGCCUCAUAGGGCAAUACCAAAUUGGAGACAAGGGCUGUAACUUAAUGUCCUAUGAGUGAAGAGGUGUAUAAAAAUAAUAAUUCUGCAGUUCUCAUUGGCAAGUCAGCUAUUCCAUGUUUUAAAUUAUUUAUUUUUGCAUUUUAUUUUUUCCAUUGUAAAAGAAACCAACUGAUAAGAUCUUAAUGUAGGUAGCUGCUUAUGGAAUUACUUACAAAAUCUGCUCAUAUCUUUGAAAAUGUUGAUUGACAUUUCUGCGUUUUUGAUUUGGGUCAAUAUGAUUGCAAGGUCUUCAGUUCAGCCAGAAGGAUAAAAAUAAACCCUCUUGACUCAUCACAGGGCCGUCUUAACAUAGGGACACAAUGGGGAAUGGCUGGGGGCCCCUGGAGCACAGGGGCCCAUGAUGUUUCUGAUGCCUAUAUGUGUUUAUGUUUUGCUGUCAAAACAGGGAUCUUAGCGCAAUACUUUACCCAGGGGCCUAUGAUGCUGCUAAGAUGGCCUUGACGAAGACAUUUUAUGUUUGAACUACACAAUGAAAGUUGAAUAAUUUCUUAAGACUGUUGCUACACAUGAAUGUUAACCUGUGACCUAUGCAGUUUGCAUCACUCAAUACUGAUACAUGUUGCUUUUUGUAAUCAGUGGUUACAGGAAAGUAAAGGUUUUCGCCUAGUCUGAACUUUGAGGAUUCUACAACAUGUGUCACAAAGUUUAUAAUAUGCACAAUAAAAGAUCCAUUCUUUACCCAAUUACUGUAAACUGUUCCCUCCACUAUUCUUCUUUUUGAAUUUCUGCCUUAAAGCCCAGCUUGCAUUUAUGUACUGUGUGUUGUCUGGCUGCUGGGAAGACAAUAAGAUAUUCACAUGUCAGUAAUAUUUAUAUUUUGACAGCAUAUCUGGAAAACAUGCAUGGUCCGUUGAUGUAUUUAUUUUUGAUUACUCUUUGUUAGUGAUAAAGCUGUUUUUCAUUUGGACUUAAUAAACUACAUCACCUAUAGGACAGUGUUACUCAUUACCAAAUCUUGAAGACUGCAAGCUUUUUUAAAACCGUGAUUAAUUCCUGUUGAACUUUGUUCUUCAUGGUGCAUUUAGAUUGUAUGCCUUUGCAAUGCUAAUCUGAACAUUUCUAAUACAAACACAGCAAACCAUACAAGAUGUACAUUAAAAUGUAUUUUUUCUUUUUGUUUUGUUCAUAUUUUUGUGCUUAUGAAAGUCAUCAUUUUAUUUAUUGAUGUUUUUGUAUCAGAAUUAAUUUGAAAUCCAUCUUAUUAAGAAUCCUUUUAAGUAUUUUUUUUCACGUGUGAAAUAAAAUU